UUCGGUUAAUUUGGUUAAUUAAUCAAAUUUGACCGAACCGACCGUUUGCUCACUUCCUAACCACAAGAAGUAAAUAAAACAAUAAUAAUAACAAUGACACUAGAAAUUACGUGGUUUUACAAUGCCUACAUCACGGAAGCAGACGACAAGAAUUUACUAUCUUUUUACCCAAAUUACAAGAACAACAUAAAACCCUCUAAAUAUACAACGUAUUUUUGGGGCUAAUUAUUCAACAUUUAAAAUCUGCACACUCAGGAAAUAUGUAAAUUACACUGCACCUAAGAGACAUUUAAAAUAUGCACUCAGGGAAUAUGUAAAUUACACUGCACCUAAGAAGUAUACAACUUGAUCCAGGUCAUUGCCAAGACCGUCAACCGACCCCACACAUACCAUCAACAUUAUUUUCAGUUUUAUCAAAUGUGGAACCAUCAAGCAGCAGCCAUUUCCGGAGACACCUACAAGGCAUCGCCCAUUUCAUAAUUCUUACUGGGCCAAGGCUUUAAAUGCAAAGCCCAGCAUAUGAAGGUAUAAGAUAUGGUGAAAGGAGGAUCCACUGGAAUAUAUAUCGUGGGGAAACUUGUUUUCUUCCCUUUUCCAACCGAUGUGGGACGGCUACCAUCAAGUGGUUCCUGCACUGCAAUGAUCUCAAACAGUGACACGGUUUCCUUUAAACAUUCUGGUAAUGGCUGAGGUUUCAUUUAUUUGCAAACGAACCGUUGUUAGCACCAAGCCAGUGCAACCCGAAAAGUCCUACUACCUAUCAGUUCUUGACCGCACGACGGAAACCAGUCAUCUCCGAUUUGUCUGCAACUUUCAAUCUCUACAACACAGGGAGCGUGGGGAACUCACAAAGACGCUAAGGGAAUCUAUCUCUGUAAUGCUUUCAUGUUAUCCAGUGGUGACUGGAAGACUGCGAGCGUGCCGGCGGUUUGAAAGUCUAGGACUCGCGAGCAAAAGCUAGGGCUUCCUUCUUCUUCUGUUCCUUCUGAUCUUCAUCUUUCUUCUCAUCUCUUCGGUCCUCUCCUCCCCUCCCUUCUACGCAUUUCCUUUCUUCACCAUCUCGGGGGAAUCCUGUCCCUAGAAAAAUGUCGCACGGCGACACAAUACCCUUGAAUUCCUCGCAGUCAGACAUUGACGAGAUCGAGAACCUCAUCAAUGCCAGCGUCCAAUCAGGCCCUGCCACGGUGCUCCCCGCCGGCCCCCCUAGCCCUCAACGCGCCUCCAUCCCCGUCGCCUCAUCCCCUUUCAUCUCCUCCAACAUACCCCCGCCGGCCUAUCAGAAGCCUCCCACUGUUCCUGUCCCUGCUCCUCCCCCUUUGCCUGUGCCGGAGAUCCGUUCUAGCUCCGGCCCCAGCAUCACCGCCACCGGAUUUGGGCCGCCCCCGAACACGUUGACGGAGCCUGUGUGGGACACCGUCAAGAGGGAUCUGUCAAGAAUUGUGAGCAAUUUGAAGCUUGUGGUGUUCCCCAAUCCGUAUCGUGAGGACCCUGACAAGGCUUUGAGGGAUUGGGAUCUUUGGGGGCCUUUCUUCUUCAUUGUCUUCCUCGGCCUGACCUUGUCGUGGUCCGCAUCCGUGAAGAAGUCUGAGGUUUUUGCUGUUGCAUUUGCGCUUCUGGCAGCUGGAGCUGUAAUUCUUACGUUGAACGUACUACUGCUGGGUGGCCACAUAAUAUUUUUUCAGAGCCUGAGUCUUCUAGGUUACUGCUUGUUCCCUCUGGCUGUUGGAGCACUUAUCUGCAUGUUGAAGGAUAAUGUUAUAAUUAAGGUGCUUGUGGUUUGUGUGACAUUGGCUUGGAGCUCUUGGGCUGCAUAUCCGUUCAUGAGUUCAGCUGUCAACCCAAGGAGAAAAGCCCUUGCGCUCUACCCUGUCUUACUCAUGUAUGUAUCUGUUGGUUUUCUGAUCAUUGCUAUUGAUUAGAAGUCAAUUAUGGCCAUUAUAGGAAUUCCAUCAGCAAAAGAAACUGGGAUUGCUGGCCGCCUAAUUGUGAUUAUUAUUUGCUUUCCUUGUUGGAAUUUAUAUGUUUUUUUUUUUCCCAAUGCUGCAAGCUUACUCAAUAUGUUUUGAGACAUAAUGUGCAAAUGAUUUAUACAAGUUGUAUGAAAUAUUUUACUGGAA